GUUUUUUUUUUUUCAACCCGUUGUUCAUCCGAUUUAUGUCAAACUGUAAAAUGUCAACAAAAACAUUAAAAAAUUGUUCAGCGUACUUUUCUUUGGAUAAAAUCAAUGCAAAAAUCGAAUUUUGGUGAUUUAUUAGUGUUUUUAGAAGUUACUACAACUCGUACUCGAUACCGGUAAUAAGACCAGCCAAAGCUAGCGGCGGGACGUACCACAAACACGAAAUGGCAGCCGGUAUUAAGUACCACAUUCAGAGGGAGGUAUUCGAUGCGUUGGACGAGCGGAUCCUAUCGGUUUGCAAUGUAAGCAAACUGUUGAAAAAGAAAAAAGCCUCCUAUCUGUGCGUAGUGUCCACCACGAAACCCCGGAUUGUGGUUUCGAUCUGCCAGGUUAAGCAGUAUGACAAGGGAGUGUGGAAGAAGAAACGUUCGUGGAUGCUAGAGGACGUGAAGGGUGUGGAUGGUAGAAAUGAAUCACCGGAAACGCACGAAUUUGACCUCAGCUUGGAGAAAGUUUACCGCUGGUUUGCGGCCAACCUACACGAACGGCAGAACUUUAUUACGGUUUUAUGGAAGCAACUUCAAAAACAUGUCACGGCGGAAGCUCGUCCUACGUUUAAGAAUAUUCCGAAAGGUUGGCUUACGGAGCGAUCGCCGGAAAAGGUGCUCGAGAAAUUCGCCACGAUCGGACCUCGACCGGAGGGUGGUGAUGAGGAGGAUGAUGAAAUGGAUGAGGUAGAAAGUGAAGAUUUUCAUGCGUUGACAGAAAAGGAGGAAACAAAUUUGAGUAAGCUGAUUGGAGAAUGCGAUUAUGCGAUUAGCAAUGCCGAGCAGUUUAUGGAACAGCUGGGGAAAAAGCUACAGGAGUUAGAUGGAGCCAACAUUCAAAGUGUGCUGGCAUCGGAAAAACAGGUUGACGCACUGAUGGAUCAGAUUGAAGCUGCUAUUUCGGAAGCUGAGAAGGUGGAAAAACGCCUGGAUGACUACGAUGAAAUUCUGUGUCAUAUUCGUGACACAAUGGAGAAAAUGGGCGAAAAGAAUCAAAUGAUCGAAAUUGCCAAUACAAACAACGUAAAACUGUUACAGGAGUUGGAGAAGGUUGUCUUCCAGUUAGAUCUCCCCCAUGUCCACCAGUUGGCUUUAACGGACACAGAUUUGACACCGAAAGGCCUCCCGGUUGCUAUAGCCGCCGGUAAAGCACUACAAACUGCUAUGAACAGUGACAUUGAUCCAGCGCUUUUGCGACUGACGGCGGUACAGGAUCAACGAAAACGAUUCGAGAAAUGGAAAGCCAAAUUUUCGCAAACCGUUAGUCGUCAUUUGAACAAUUUGUUUAUUCACUUGGGGAAUCUGGGUGAUUCGCAGAGCCCACAUUCGAAUGAGUUAACCCUUCCAAAACAUAACUCGGUGCACAAAGAACUCUCCGCCUAUACUGAACUGAUGCAUUGGAUGAAGGCGAUGGAUCGGAAAGCGUACGACGCUUUAAUUAAGGUCUACACCAGUUCGCUAAGCAAGGUUUACGAUAGAGACAUUCGUAUCUUUUUCGAAGCUGCCAAGCAGUCAAUAUCGGUGAAGCGAUUUGGAUCGCGAGAAGAUCUAAACAGCAGUUCGAUGAGUAAUAAAUUAAAACUGGGACAGCAAAGUAAUAAACCUCCAUCUCAACCAUACGGAAUCCUGGGAAUCAAUCGAGAGCUCUGGGGUGCAGGUGCGGAACCGGUUGAAAGGCAAAAAUUCGAUUCGAUUCUGGAAAAGGUGCUGGCGGAACUAGAACCAGUGGCGCUCAGUGAACAGCACUUUUGUAUCGCGUUCUUCCAGCUGGACGUUAUAAGUCCCACGGGGAAAAAUACGCAAACAACGCUUGACGCGUCGGCUGCCAUGCAGGACAAAGAGCGAGAUGAACGGGACACUGCUCUGGCCAUUCCGCAGAAGCGCCUGGAUAGACAAAUCAACGAAGACGUUCGAAGAAUGAUGGGCGAGCUUUUUAGCAACUUAGAGCAGGAAUUAAACAGCUUUAUUCUAAGCUUCGAGAAGCUCGACAGCUACUACUCCCUGUACGUGCUAGUUCGUCUAACACAGCAUGUGAUGUCCGCCCAGGACGCAAAGUCCUUCCUCAGUAUGACGUUCGCGUCUGCGUUGAUCCAUGUGAAACGAAAUUUCGAUAAAUUUAUGAACCUUCAGCUGCAAUCGAUUCAGGAGGCCAAAGUUCCCAAACGCUCCAAAUGCGGCCUGCUACCGUACGUGGAAAAUUUCGAGGAGUUUGCAGUGACGGCAGAGACCGUUUUCAAAAAGACCGAACGACGGAACGAUCUGGAUCGCUGGUAUCUAAAUCUGGUUGAGGCAAUCUUUGAACAUAUUCCGCUGCAUGCAAUGGAUCAUCCUAAAACGCCGCAACAAGUGGUCAAGAUGGAAAACUAUCACCGGAUGCAUUCGUUGCUCUCGCAACUGAAGGUGGCUGUGCUGGAACAGCUUAAGAAAGACGCUAAGGUGCGGUACAACGAUGCGUUGAAGGCUUACGUGACCAAGUACUUUGGACGACCACUGGAAAAACUAAAUCAAUUCUUCGAAGGCGUACAGCAGAAGGUUCAACAAGGGGUUAAAGAAACCGAAAUUAGCUACCAGAUGGCGUACUCAAAACAAGAGCUUCGUAAAGUAAUAGCCCAGUACCCUGCGAGGGAAGUGAAGAAAGGUUUGGAGCAUCUGUACAAGAAGGUCGAGAAGCAUCUUUGCGAGGAAGAGAAUCUACUACAAGUAGUUUGGCGUGCAAUGCAGGAGGAAUUCAUCGCUCAGUACAAUUCGUUGGAACUGUGGAUUCAACGGUGCUAUGCAGGAGCUAUGAUCACCCUAGAUUUUACGAUAAAAGAUAUUUUGGACUUUUUCUCUGAAAUUGCGAGAUCGCACUAGUUGCUUAUUUGCUACUGUUUUUACUCAUCGAUCUUCAUAGCUAAGAUGAACGUUAUCACAACAGAAUAUUCCAAAUUGAUAUCGACUUAAACAGUUAAGAGCUAAUUCUUAAGUAAUCCUUACUUUUUGUUGCACAUUUUAAUCGUAUCGUUAUAUUUACACACUGAAGAAUUGAGUGCUAGCCGAACGUUGUAAGUAAUCGAACAAAGAACACAAGUAUCCCCCCGCGGUUGAGAGAAACGCAAAUCUUAAUCGUUUUGCUUAAUGCUAAUAUCAAUAAAAUUGUAUAGAAGUUAUGAACUGUUGAAUAAAGGAAAAUAUAAGCA